AUGGGGUGCGCGUGUUCCCAUCCCAGUGCGCUCGACGAGUCUCCGCCUCACAAGCCUGCAGCAGAGAAGCCUCCCCCUCCCCCACAGCAGCAGCAAAGACCGCCAGCCGCCACUCCGCCUCCCGCCGCCGUCCCCGUGGCACCCGAGCCCCCUUCCAUAAAGGAUCCCCCGCCUCCCGCCAAAUCAGGGGCUCCGCCAACAGUAGCAGCUGCGCCAGCGGCGGUAACCGCAGCUCAAGCCGCGGGGAAGGGCAGCUCGCGGCAGAGCGGGCAACUGGGGGCGGGGGAGGAGGGAGCGGAGCGGGAGAGACGGAAGGAGCGGGAAAAGGAGAAGGAGAAGGAGAAGGAGCGAGAGCGGGAGCGGGAUCGAGAGCGGGCGGGAGAUGCGGUAGUGCCGGCGGCGGUGGCGUCGGUGCCGCGGCAGGUGCACAAGAGCCUGGAGGCGGAGCAGGUGGCGGCGGGAUGGCCGUCGUGGCUCGCGUCCGUCGCCAGCGAGGCCAUCAAGGGCUGGGUGCCGCGCCGCGCCGACUCCUUCGAGAAACUCGACAAGGUGAGCCGCGCGCGGACGCUAACGGGCGCGGUCGGGAUCCGCGUGCGGCGAGUGCGCUGGGAAGGGAGUACGUGGGGAUGGGAGUGUGCGGUUGGUGGAAUGCAAUGGAAGGGGAAAGAGCGGCUGCUUUACAACGUUAUAGGGCAGGGGACGUACAGCAACGUGUACAAGGCGCGCGACCUGGAGAGCGGGCGGCUGGUAGCGCUGAAGAAGGUGCGGUUCGACAACCUGGAGCCGGAGAGCGUGCGGUUCAUGGCGCGCGAGAUCGAGGUGCUGCGGCGCCUGGACCACCCGAACGUGAUUCGGCUGGAGGGGCUGGUGACGUCGCGCAUGAGCUGCAGCCUGUACCUCGUCUUCGAGUACAUGGAGCACGACCUCGCCGGGCUCGCCGCCUGCCCCGGCAUCUCCUUCACCGAGGCGCAGGUGAAGUGUUACAUGCAGCAGCUGGUGGCGGGGUUGGAGCACUGCCACACGCACGGCGUGCUGCACCGCGACAUCAAGGGCAGCAACCUGCUGCUCGACAACACGGGCAGCCUCAAGAUCGCCGAUUUCGGGCUCGCCACGUUCUACCGCCCCGAGCAGAACGUGCCGCUGACCAGCCGCGUGGUGACGCUGUGGUACCGGCCGCCCGAGCUGCUGCUGGGCGCCACCACGUACGGCGUGGGCGUCGACCUGUGGAGCAGCGGCUGCAUCCUCGCCGAGCUGCUCGCCGGCAAACCCAUCAUGCCCGGCCGCACCGAGGUGGAGCAGCUGCACAAGAUAUUCAAGCUGUGCGGGUCGCCCAGCGAGGAGUACUGGCGGCGCUCCAAGCUGCCGCACGCCACCAUCUUCAAGCCCACCCAGCCGUACAAGCGCGCGUUGCGGGACCUGUUCAAGGACUUCCCCGCCACGGCGCUCAACCUGCUCGACGUCCUGCUCUCCAUCGAACCCGCCGACCGCGGCUCCGCCACCUCCGCGCUCGCGCACGAGUUCUUCACGACGAAGCCAUUGCCAUGCGACCCAGCGAGUCUACCGCAGUACCCGCCCAGCAAGGAGUACGACGCCAAGCUGCGCGACGAAGAGGCCCGCAGGCAGAGGGCGGCAGGGGCGAGGGCGGGCAAGGUGCUAGACACCAGCGCGAGCAGCAAGCAGGCGGCGGCGGGGCAGGGCGCGCAGCGCAGCAGCACGUCGCAGCAGCAGCCGCAGCUGCAGCAGCAGAGCCAGCAGCGCUCCAGCCGGGCGGUGCCGGCGCCCCACGCCAACGCGGAGCUGGUGGAGUCCAUCAACAUGCAGAAGGCGGCGGGGGGCAAGGCGGCGAUAGCGAAGAGCAAGAGUGAGAAGUUCAUCAGUCCGGCGGAGAUGGCGCUGGCGGCGGGCCUGCAGGGGCUGGGCCCGCACGCCAUGGGCGCCGCCAAGGCCGUGGACACGCCCGACGGGCUCAAGGCGCUCAAACCCGCCGACGCCACCGACAAGCUCCGGGGGGCGGCGCCGGGCGGCAAGGGCUUGUCCGCCACGACGUCGUGGGUGCAGGGGCCGUCCUUCUCGUCCGCAGGCACUGCUGCUGGCGCCACAGGGGGGGCGGCAGGGGCGGGGGUGGGGGGAAGGAACGUGAGUGGGGAGGUGGGGAUUGGGGAGAGCAAGCAGGGGGGGCUGGUGCGGACGGGCAGUGCGGGCAGGAGCAAGGGGGGUGUGAACCCCACGAGCCACGAGCUGUCGGCGGCCGGGGUGGCGGCUGCUGCUGGCGUGGCGGGUGUAGGCGGUGGCAGUGCGGCGGGCACGGGCGCGUCCAAGGACUUCUCCACGGGGUCAUCGCGUGACCUCACCGAGUCGAGAGAUGCUGCUCUGCGCAAAGGCGCUGCUCUCAACAGCAGCACCACCAAGGCCCGCCUGCACAAGACCCGGUCAGGGGAGUUGUCACAUCUGCCCGGUAAAUCCGAGAGUAAAUCGCGAAACAGCUCGAUGGACGAGAGGCAUCGGCGUGAGGUAGAGGCGCUGUUUGCAUCGGCGUCCAUGUCCGGCGUCCUGCCGGGCGGGCUGCUGGGGAGUGGGGGGGAUGGGGAUAGGGGCAGGGAGAAGGGCAGGGAGCGCGAGCAGCAGCGGCCGAGCAGCAGCGGCGGGCACGGGGGGGGCAGCAGUGGGCCGAUGCGCAUGUCGACACGCAAGGCGGGGGGAGCGGGGCAGGCGGAGAAGAGGGGGGUGGAUCAGAAGACGUGGAUGCUCAUGGGCGCCAAGGGCGAGCUGCCUCCCGGCGUCGCUGCUGCGCUGGCCGCCACGCGCGGGGAGGGCCACAGCCACUCGCUCAACGCCGUCGCCAGUGCCAGCAGCCUUGAGCGCACGGGUGGGGGUGGAGGAGGAGGGGGAGGGGAGGACCGUGCAGUGGUGCGCAGCAGCAGCAGCAGCGGGGGGCGUGGUGCGGCGGUGGAGGUGAGUCCGCGGGGGCGGCCCGUGUCCACGUUCGCUGUGGAGUUCAGCCCGCGCCGCGCCAGCCCCAGGCGCCCGGGCAGCGGCAGCGGCAGCGGCAGCAGUGCAGGCGGCAUGCGAGGGGCGGCGGCGGAGGGCAGUCCGCGGCGGCGGUGGUCGCCCAUGCGGGAGGGGUCGCCGCGGGGGGCUGCUCGGCCCAAGCGCAGCGUGGUGGGUGUAUCACCCUCGCGAGGCGGCAGCGGCAGUGCUGGGGGCAGCGGGGGGAGCAGUGCGCACAGGCGACGGCCGUCGGGGGGCAGUGGGGGAGGGAGUGGGGGAGGGGGAGAGUCGCAGCAUGUGGGUUUGGAGGGCGGUGUGGCGCGGCCAGGUGUGGGCGCAGAUGUGAAGGUGACAGCCGUGUCCUUCCCGCGUUCCGCGCUACUCGAUCCGCGAUUUCCUUUUCGCUCCUCGACGCGCUCUCCCAAGAACCGCCGGCUCGCCCUCGCCGUGGAGCGGCGGGGGCGCUGUGACCGUCGGUUCCAUGAGAGCGCACAGCGACCUCCGCGGGCCUCGCAUCCCGCCGCCGGUGCUCCUUCGAGUGCGCGCGUGUCUCUCGCCGCGCGCGCUCUCCGCACCGCCGCACAUUCACUCGCGAUUGCUCGUCUCGCCUGUCUUUCGUGCUGCUGGCCCUGUCUCUACGCUUCUCCCCACCGCCCUCUAACCUGUGAGCAUGGCUGCGACACCCGGAGCGGCACGGGUGCGGGGCAUCGACUGAUGGCAGGCGCGGUCAGGCGCGUGUCGUUCCUCGUAACCUCGCGGCUCUCAGCGCGGCUCGCAACACAUCGGAGACCCCGAGUAGCUGUCUCCAUCUUGGUGUGCAGCGGCCGCGCCAUGGAGGGAGUGGUGGAUAACACCAUGGAGGGAGUGGUGGAUAACACCAUGGAGGGAGUGGUGGAUAACACCAUGGAGGGAGUGGUGGAUAACACUAUGGAGGGAGUGGUGGAUAACACCAUGGAGGGAGUGUGGUAG